AUGCCUCCAAGAUCUUCUUUGACCUCAUCAUUCUCCAUCACCGACGCCAACAAUGAAGUCGUCUGUCCCCUUCAUAACCAGGAUGGAUCCAGCUGCCGGAAACGAUGUCUCGGUGAGAAGAGGUAUCGCUCCAUGCAGGAACAUAUCAGACGAGCACAUCCCGAGCACUACAUAGCAAAGCUGCCCGCUACGGAGGAGAGCUUCCUUCUCAUGAUCAACACACCCCCGAGCGAGAGGCCACAGCCGCAACAGCCUGCAUCGGCAAACAAUAGCUUAAAUCACCACACAAAGCCUUAUGCGCCUGAUCGUAUUGCAUAUUAUCGCGAUGACUAUAGCAACCCUGGGACACCACGCAUCUACGAAGAAUAUCCCCAAGGGGCGAUGCUUCCAGCCGCGACGAAUGCCGCUGCUGCACUAGCAUCUCUCCAUAAUUACAAGUCUAAUCAUUCUGAUUGGGAGGCUGAAGCCGAGUCGAUCUCGGAUUCUGAACGGGAUAGGAUACCGAGAUCCUCUGUCGAGCUUCCUCCAAUACACAUCAACCAUUCCGAUAUAACUAGUGAGCCGUAUGGCAGGGCCAGAGAUCUCCUCCCUUCUAUCAUCGGAACCUCGCCUCCCGGCAGAUCGUCUACACUACCACCCCUACAAAGACCUCUCGGGCCUCAUCGAUCCAGAAAGCAGUCGAUUUCCAAGAGGGGAAAGGAGGCGCAGCAUCGCAAGCAACGGUCCAGAGACGCAAAAGAAUGGGUGAAGCGAGGUAAGAUUGAUAUUGCCGGGGAUCUUUUGCGGCCGAUGGUUGGUCAGGACCGUCCGAGACCAUACUCGGCCGAGCCAUCAUCACGUUCGCCGUGGGACGACCUGUUGGAUGCGGCAACAUCUGUUGCGGAGGAGGAUAUGGGUGAGGACCGGACUCCUAUGCCCCAAUCGCCUGUGUCCAUACAGCGCGCCUCGUUACCUCCAUUUUCCCACCAGCAAUUUGGCCACUCAACCUACCAGGCUUCGCCCUUGCAGCAGGCCCUGACGCCGCCAACCUAUGCGCAAGAGGCUCCUGAGCCCUUCCCAUCCGUGGAGAGCGGCGAGAGUGCAGAGAACUACCACAUGGGUGCUCACGGUCUUACAGAUUCCUCACCCAGCUUUUCAUCGCAAAACACCCAGAUCUAUUGCGCGGCCUGCCAGAACGUGUCGCUGCUCAGAGACUCGUACGCUUGCACGGAAUGCAUUUGUGGCCUUUGUUCGGCAUGCGUUGAGAUCCUUAUGGCCGAGCAGGGCGCGAAGAGGAAGUGCCCGCGCUGUGCCACUAUUGGCGGCCGAUUCAAGCCCUUCCAACUCGACAUUCGUUAG